CACAAAACGGAAAGCCAUACGAUGGAGAACGCUCUCUUCCAACUUUCCCAUUCGUUGGUAAAUCUCUCUACCCUCACGAUCUCCAACUCGCGGUGGGAGACGGUGUCCUGAAAAACCUUCCUUCAAGCUUAAACCCUCCUUCCAUGGACUCCCUCCAAGCCACCUACAGAGACGAAGACGAAGAAGAUGAAGACUCCGCACAUCGCUUUGCCUCCCCCACUCCCACUCCUACUCCCAACCUCACCACCACCGAACUGCCACCGCCGUCUAGCCCUACCACUGCUAUUGAACCCCAAAACGACUCCAAACCAGACCCCAUUAGCUCCGAAUCCGAAGAUCCGGCUUCCUCUGACACCAACAAAUCCCCCAGAUCCACCCACAACGUCCCCACCGAGAACGAUAACGACAAAGAAAACGACAACGACGACACCACUACCACAACCAAUACCACCAACAACAACAACGACGAGGAGGAGGAGGACGAAGACGACGACGAAGACCCUCCUCCCAAGAAGCAGAAACCCCUUUCAUCUCUUACUGCCCAGCCUACAAUAACCAAUCACCCACAUGACAAUGCUGCCCCAAUGGAGGCCGAAGCGACCCCUCCGACGACGACGACGCCAACAACCGCAACCACCGCGAAGAAAUCGAAGAAGAAAAACAAUAACGUUUGGGCCACGAAGUCGACCCGCAAAGGAAAGAAGAAGAACAAGUCCAAUAACAACCACAAUGCCCCGGCAGAGGAAACCGUCCUCAUCACCCCGAUCCAGAAGUUCCCGGAUAAGUCCGACGAUACCCCGGACAUGAAAAUAUGCCUCUCGAAGAUCUACAAGGCCGAGAAAGUUGAAUUGAGCGACGACAGAUUGAGCGCUGGGAGUGCCAAGGGUUAUAGGAUGGUUAGAGCCACCAGAGGAGUCGUGGAGGGAUCUUGGUACUUCGAGAUAAAGGUUGUCAGACUGGGAGAGUCGGGGCACACGCGUCUCGGGUGGUCGACGGAGAAGGGGGACCUCCAGGCUCCGGUUGGGUACGACGGGAACAGUUUCGGAUACAGAGAUAUUGAUGGGAGCAAGGUGCACAAGGCGUUGAGGGAGAAGUAUGGGGAAGAGGGGUAUAAGGAAGAGGAUGUUAUUGGGUUCUAUAUUAACUUGCCGGAGGGUGGUUUGUAUGCGCCCAAGCCCCCGCAUUUAGUAUUGUACAAGGGGCAGAGGUAUGCAUGCGCGCCGGAUGUCAAGGAGGAAGCUCCAAAAGUGGUCCCUGGAAGUGAGAUAUCUUUCUUUAAAAAUGGGGUCUGCCAAGGAGUUGCUUUCAAGGAUCUAUAUGGUGGUCGCUACUACCCUGCUGCUUCAAUGUAUACUCUUCCGAAUCAGCCAAAUUGUGUAGUCAAGUUCAACUUUGGCCCCGAUUUUGAAUUCUUUCCGGAGGACUUCGGUGGUCGUCCAGUACCUAGGCCCAUGGUUGAAGUUCCUUAUCACGCGUUUGACAACCAAGUUGAAAAUGGAGUCUCAACCGAGAAGAAACAUUAGCUAGCAAGCGGCUCCUUUCAGUUUUAACACUUGUGGAGCUGGGAGAUGGAUCUGAGUUUAACAUCCUCUUGUAAUUUUAGUCUCUCUUAAAUUAUGACUGACAAAUUAUUGGAUGACAUUGUAAACUUAGAAUUUUUUCUAUGAAAGAGAGAAAACCUGCAUGUGAAA